GAAUUCAUGGUGGACAACCCAUACAAGAAGUCACAUGCUGCACGAUGCAUGGAGGCUAGAUACCUAUACUGGACUAAUAUUUGCUAUGGUCCUUGCAGCUGUUUUAUCUUUGGUAUUUGAAUUAAUGGACAUUAUAAAGUUAAAGUUACUUAAAAAAUGCUGGCCUGAUGGAAGAUCUCUACAAAAUUCAAAUUGCAGCCUUUCCUCCAUAAACUUGAGACUGACAAAAGCCAUCUUUUACACAUGUCAACUGAUCAUGACAUACAUCCUGAUGUUGUGUGUUAUGACGAUGAAUAUUUGGAUAUUGGUAACAAUUCUACUGGGAACAGCUGCAGGAUAUUACUGCAAACGAAUAUCAAGAAAAAGACCACCGAACGCAGAACUCCAAGUAGGAGUUAAUUAUCCUGGAAUUCAAAUCACAAGUGAAACAAUCGUAAGAAACAAACAUUGCCAACCAUUGCUAAAUAAAGAAGGAAUUAGAUUACAAUCAGAAGCAGAUCCGAUGAUAGACAAAGAAGAAGGCUGCAUUACGCGACUAGCAUUUCAUUAGAACCUUAUAGUCUUGGAUGGCUUUUUGAAAUUUAGGUGUGACCUACGCCUGUUGAUGAGAUUUUGGAUAAUUGUAGAGUUCUGCUGUUUGGCUUCCAUACCGGAUUUUUAUUAGAAUAGUAUAGUUAAGGAAUAUGUUUUUGUUUUGAACAUUUCCUAAAUUAAUGAUUCAGUUAUACAUUUGAAAAAAAAAACCAGGAAUGUUUUUUUUCUAAAAAUAUUGUUUCAAACCUAAAGCUUAAAUUGAUACGUACAGUCACAUGAUUCAAUAAAAUAUAAGUACUUGAUUAUGCUCUCGCAGUUAGUAUGUGCAUCUGUAAAGGGAAUCAUCCCAGGAGGUUCAAAAGUUAUAAAUCUACAAUUUCUAACAAAAUACAAUGUGCAAUUUUCCAAAAAAUUGCUAUAAAACUAUUUUAAAAGGAUAUUAUGUAUAAUUAUAAUUGUGAAGGCAAGAAAAAUCAAAGUUGAAUGUGACACACAGGUGACAAGGCCCAUGAGCCUGUGUUUCUUUGUUUUAUAUUGCCUGUUUUUAUGGAGCUGAAAAUAGGUAUGAGGUGCUUUAAAAGUUUUAUUAAAAUGAUAACUUUGAAGAAAGAAAAUUAUAAACACAUAUCAAAUUUAAUUUUUUAAAUUUUGCUUGCAGAUGUUUAGCAAAUUUUAAAU